AUGGCCUCAGUUUCCCGCUCAGAUUAUCCGUCAUAUGUUGCAGCGCUGAGCUUCUGGAAGAGUCUCGGAAGGGAGGACUCGACGGCAUCACGCCGCGUUCAGCCGCUGGGCGAGUCGUCCAGCGGCGGAUCGAACGACACGAGCCGUUCUUCCGCCGUCACGGCCCGCUGCAGCACCAACAAUGGCGAUUCUAGCAAUGACGCCGGCGCCGGCUGCAACGACAACUGCUCUCCCGACGACACAGCAGCAGCGCCAAUGCUUCCAGUGCUUCCACCUGUGACGUCGCAUCAAGCGCCGACGCGAGAUCCGGCUUCAAGGUCAGAUCAAGUGGCGCUUAAAGCGGCCAAUUGUGCCAAAUCGGAAACUUCGGCUGCAACGUCGGAUUCCGCAGCAUCGCAACGUGCAGCAUCAGAAUGUGCAGAGUCGGACCCUGCAGCUUUAGACUCUCCAGCAUCGCAACCUGCAGCAUCGGCGGAAUCUGCUGUGUCGGCGGAUUGUGCAGCGUCGGCGGAAUGCGCAGCGUCGGCAGAAUGUGCAGCGUCGGCGGAAUACGCAGCGUCGGAGGAACGUGCAGCGUCGGCGGAACGUGCAGCGUCGGCGGAAUGCGCAGCGUCGGCGCAAUGCGCAGAGUCGGCGGAAUGUGCAGCGUCAGCGGAGUGUGCAGCGUCGGCGGAAUGUGCAGCGUCGGCGGAAUGUGCAGCGUCGGCGGAAUGUGCAGCGUAUCUCUAA